AUGAAUGAAGUGAGUGGAGGAAACAUGUUAUCAUUUGUAGCAAGCACGUUGUGUUGUGAGGUUAGGGAGAAUAACUAUACCACUAUGCCCAGGGUUGUACCUGAUCAGAGGGCGAAAUUCGACAAUGAUGAACUUUUUAGAAAACUUAGUCGUGAAUGUGAGGUGAGGUAUACAGGAUUUAGAGACAGACCACAUGAUGAAAGACAGUUAAGAUUUCAAACGGAAUGUCGAGAGGGACACGCCGAUAUAGCAUUUAUAGCAACUGGCACAAAUUUACAAUUAAGUUUUUCUUCUAAUGCAUGGUCAGAUAAACCAGAAGAUAGAAUACCAACCAGAGAAUUUGUAGAUUUUGAAAGAGAACCAAGCAAGGUCCAUUUAAAAUCCCAGUUUAUAAUGAAUGGUGUAUGUGUUAUGUGGAGAGGAUGGAUAGAUUUAAAUCGGUUAGAUGGUAUUGGUAGUUUAGAGUAUGAUGCAGAACGAGCUGAGGUGGAACAAACGCUUCUCAGAGAACAGAUUGAACAAUAUAAUCGCCGUCUGCGUGAAUUUGAGGAAAGGCAACGACAAUACCGCCAAGAUCAAGACAGGCAGGCAGAAUCAGAAGCUGAGGUCAAAAAGGCGAAUGUUAGGCCAAUGUCACAGAAAGAUGACUUUUACCCAACACACACUGAUAGACCAUUUGUGCACAAGAAAUUCUCAGCAACUGCUUAUUUAGAAAAAGCCGUCAGCAACAACGAAGUUCGAAUGCGAGUCCCAGUGAAGCCAGCAACAGUGAAUAAUUCCAUUGUUUUACAAAACUUGCAAAAAAACUUGUACAUAUUGUAACAUAUCCAUCUCCAAUGUGAGACUAAUUUAUUCAAAAUUUUGUUAUUUUUGAAGUGAUCAAAAUUCUUGACAUUCUGUCAUGGUAAAUGUAUUAAAUAUCUUCUUCCAUGUAUUCAAAUAAUAUAAAUAAUUUUAAUAAAUGGGAAAAGAUGUUUAAUAUAAAUAAUUCUAAUUUUAAAGUGUUAAACCCCAAAACGUUGCUGUUACUGUUAUUAUAAAUUGUCUGUUUCAUCCAACAUAUCUGAAAAGUCCUUGAUUAAUUCUGCUCAAUAAUAUCACACGGUUUUUCUAUUAAUGAUUUUGGUCACUUUGAAUAUUAUCUUUUGUCGUAGAAAUCCAACAUUUAUUACAUGAUUUGAUAUGGUACCGUAAGUUCUCAAUUCCAAGGUCGGAAAGCUAUAUAACAAGUGUAAAAUUAGUCCUUUUUUCUUGUACAUCACAUGUCGUUAACACUGUGGCAGUCAAAAAUCGACUGUGAAAUAUUUUUGGAAAAAUCAACAUGUAGACCAUUGACAAAAAUUACACACGAUAAGACAUGUAUAAUCAUAAAUUUAUGUAUCUAUGCCAAUGUGUUUCUGAAUUGAGAAUUUAUAUGUUACAUUCAUUGAUUAAUUCAGAAGGCCAUAUUGCUGAGAAAAGUUUUUUUAUCUGAUGUCACUACGAUUGAUUUGUGACAGAUUUUGUUUUAAUAAAUUAGCAAUUGAAUUUCAUAUUGCUAUUUUAUUAUCAAUAUUCAAUUUUGUGUCUUGAUUUGAAAAAUAAAUCAUUCAAAUAAUUUCAGUAUUUAUUUUGUAAAAAUUAAUCAUGAAUGUAACAUUAAAAUAUAAAACUUAAAUUAUAGAAACAGAAGUUUGAGUUGUCUACAGAGUUGGAAAUCCUUUAAAUUUGUGCAAAUAUAAGUUUUCAUAGCAAUAUGCCCCUUUAUUAAAGUUGUUAGAUGUAAAAUAUCAAGUCAGUUUGUUAUUUCUCUUAUUAAGGCAAUGAAACAUUUGUCGGGCAGGGAAAAUAUAUUUAAUAUCAUACAAAAGUUGUAAAUUUUUACUUCCAAAAUUGGAAUAAAAUAAAAGAAUGUAUUUUUACGACUUUGUCCAUUUAAAUUUUGAAGUUGAAAUAUGAUUAUAUGUGAAUGGACUGUAUGUAAUUGUUUGUUUAUUUAUUGUUUAUUCUAGUCACGCUAAUUAUUAUUCUAGGUCUGUUUAGUCAUUUUCUUAAUUUACUGUUCAAAUCCAGAAAACUCAUAUUAACAAUAGAAAUAUCUUGUAAAGAUUGGCUCUGUACGUAUCUAUAGCGUAUGUUCACAUGUGUGAUCAAAGGGUAGACUUGUGUAGAUUAUUGUCCCCCACCUUUCGAAAAAAGCAGGGGACUAUUAAAAUGGCUUCGUCUGUCUGUCAUGUUCAAACUUGGUGUAGGUGUUUAUUAGUUUAUUACCUUGAUUAAGUUUGAUAUUGAGCAUUUUCUGCUAAGGGUAGGCAGAGCGAUAAGCAAUUUGAUUGGCCAAGACUGUGGAACACAAUAAUUCUCCUUCUAAUUGAGCUAGAAUUUUCAAACUUGGUGUAGGCUUUUAUUAGGUCAAUGCCUUGAUGGAGAUUCAUUAGAUGAAUCUCUUAACUGAGUUCAAUGAUUAACAUUUCAAACUAAAGCUGUAUAGUUGAUAAUCAGUUUGAUUGCUUGAUACUUUUGAAAAAAAAUAAAUGUGCUAUUAAUUAAUAUGUGUCCUUUAUUUAUUUUGGCAUUUUGGCGGGGGACAUCAGCCUCACUGUGGGCUUGUUUACUGUAAUCGUUUCUAUAGUAAUGUAAAAACUAUAUCGUAUAUCUAAAUAUUCUAUUUUUGAUAAAGGUGAAUUAAUUUUGAUAGUUAUUUUUUAAAAUUUAGUUUUUUAUUUUCAUUGAUAAACCACAGAAAGAAUUUUCUGAGGUAAUGCACAAAAUCCUGAUUACAACUAAAACUCAAUAUAUUCUCUUUCUUUAGGUCUUGAUUUAGCGUAAAAAAUUUUGUACUAUUUUUGUAUUUUUGCAUUUUCUAUCUGAAUGUGUCUAUCUGAAAUGUUUAAUGUUCUCAAUACUUGACGUUUUACUUUUUAUAUGUAAAUGAUAAUUUAUUCUUGCAUAAUUAAUUAUUAUAUAAUAAUAAAAAUAAAUUUGGGUAAAAUUGUAUGAAAAUCAUUGUAUAAAUUCUUGAGUAAAGUAUACAUGUUAGUAUAAUUGUGGAAAAUCCUUGUAUAAAUUCUAAAGUAAAGUUUACAAUUCGUAUAAUUCUAAAAGUAAAGUUGUGGAAAAUCCAUGUAGAGUAAAAUUUACAUUUUAAAAAAUUGUGUAAAAUGCUGGUACAAAUUCUAGAGUUUACAUUUUGUAAAAUUGUGAGAAAUCCUUCUAUAAAUUCUAGAUUAAAGGUAAAAUUGUGGGAAAAUCAUUGUAUACGUUUAACUUCUAGGGUAAAUUUACAUUUGGUAAAAUUUUGGGGAAAUCCUUUAUGUAAAUUCUAGAGUAAAGUUUACAUUUGGUAAAAUUGUGGGAAAAAUCAUUGUAAACGUUUAACUUCUAGAAUAAAUUUACAUUUGGUAAAAUUUUGGGGAAAUCCUUAUGUAAAUUCUAGAUAAAGUUUACAUUUUGGUAUAAUUGUGGGAAAUCCCUGUAUUGAUUCUAGAAUAAAAUUUACAUUUUGAUCAGUGUAGUAAACAUAGAACAAUAUAUUCUUGUCCUUAUUGCUAUAAAUUCAUGGAUAUAUUUAAUUAGGGCUUUUUACCCUACACAUGUAUGAACAGAUUAAACAUAUUUGUCAGUAAAUAUAUUUUACUAAAAUGUACCUUAUUUUUUUACACAAUCGAUAGCUUUUUACCUAAAUUUAACAAGCUUUGAGUAAUAUUGCCGGUGAUUCUGAUUAUUAAUAUUUAUCUAUAGAUAGAUAGGACACAGUCAAAUUUAACCUACAUGUAAAGCUCAAUUUUAAAUGUUUUACUUUUACAGCUAUGCUAAUAUUCAGUAAAUGUAUAAGAAUUCAACAUUUCUUAUACAUUUGCUUUCUUUAUCAUAAUGCCAAUUUUAACUGCUCAAAACAUCAUUAAUUAAUUUAAAUUUAGUAUUAGAAACUUGUUAAGUUAAAGCUGUUUAUCAUUAUCCCCAAUCUGAUUAAAACACAGAUCCUAUUUCAUUUCGUUUUUUUAUAUUUCAAAAUUUCAUUUUACUUGUCUUUACUAUACUAGGAUCUGGAAGAGUUGUUAUCAUUGAUGUGUUCUGGAUGAUGUGAAGGAUUAGCCAAUGAAACGGUCUGUUACAGCGAGCUUUUGGCUUGAGGUGCACGGAACUGGGGGUAAUCCACUAGAAACAUCAAUGCUGAUUGGUUAAUCAAAUGUCUGACAUCAUAGGGUCAAAAGCCGCUCGUAUCACCUCUGACGCGACCUCCCAAAACAACUGGUCAUAUCUUCAUAUAGUCUAGGCCAUCGAAAGUAUAAAAACCAAAAGUAUAAAAAACGAAACGAAAUAUAGAUCUGUAUUUUAUCAGAUUGUUAUUAUCCCAAGCCUUUAUAUUUGGGAUACAAACAUGGUGUUAAUUGUUCAUUAGGCGAAUGCCUUGACUUAGCUUGACUGAGUUCGAUGAUUAGCAUUUUCUGCUAGAUGCUUUUUAUUUGCCCACAUUUUCAUGUGGACGUAUAUUGUUGUCACCCCUGUCCGUACGUCCACAAUUUGUUUGUGGACACACCACAGGUCACAAUUUUUAUCCAAUUUUGACGAAACUUGAAAUAUAGGUUUAUCUCCAAAAGACCUUGGUUCCUUUCGAUAUUGGCAUGUAUCUGACCAUAACUUAUGGAAUAUGGCUCUUGAUUGUACAAAAAAAUCAUGAUUUUAACUCGUAGACACUGUAGAGGUCAUAAUUUUUAUACGGCCACAUUGAAAUGUGGUCGUAUAUUGUCGUCCCCCCAUCAGUCCGCCGGUCUGGCGUCCACAAUUGCUUGUGGACGCUUUAGAGGCUAAAGUUAAUAUCCGAUUGGCUUUAAAUUUAUACAAAGUGUUUAAGGUCAUAAGACGAAGAAGCCUAUUGAUUUUCAGCAAUUUCUCAUAAUUACUCCCAGAGUUAUGGCCCUUGAUCACUUCAAAAUAUCUUGCGGAUGAUCUAGAGGUGAAAGAUAAUAUCCAAUUGACUUUAAAUUUAUACACAGUGUUUAAGGUCAUGAGACGAAGAAGCCUAUUGAUUUUCAGCGAUUUCGGAUAAUUACUGCCAGACUUUAAAUUUAUACGCAGUGUUUGAGGUCAUGAGACGAAGAAUCCUAUUGAUUUUCAACGAUUUCCAAUAAUUACUGCCAAAGUUAUGGCCCUUGAUCACUUUGAAAAAUCUUGUGACGCUCUAGAGGCUUAUGUUAUCAUCCGAUUGACUUCAGAUUGAUACACAGAGUUUAAGGUCUUGAAACGAACAAGUAUAUUGAUUUUCAAUUGAUUUUGAUAACUUUAACAGCUAAAUCCAUGAUAUUAAAUAUUUUGUAUACUAAACGUUAGAAUGAGGCCGAAAUUUAUAAAAACCAAACAAAUUCUAAUGAUUUUCUGAUAAUUACUUAAUGAAUUGUUACUCUUAAUCAAAUUUUAGUGUGUUAUGUUUCAUUUCUGAAAAAGUAAAAAUAUGUGACAACUCUUGUUGACUGCCAAGACGAUUUAGCUGCUCUGGGCUGCUCUGGGCGUAUGUUUCAUUGCCUGGCAACCUAUCUUUAUUUGAUUUUGAUGAAACUUGAAAUGUAUGUAUAUAACCAAAAGAUCUCGGUUCCUGGCAAUAUUCGUGCAUAUCGGACCAGAACUUCCUGAAAUAUGGCCCGAGAUUGUAUGAAAAAUUGCAUUUUUAGAGGUCACAAUGUUUAUCCGAUUUAAAAAAAAUGUUUAAAUAUAUCACUGUUACACCAUAAUGACAGUCGAGUUCAAAUUUCUUGAAAAUCAGAGCGAAACUGCCCGUCAAAAUAUCUGCUCCCUGUACACAAAUAGUGUAAAAGUAUGUACUACCAAGGUUGUGGACCCUCUAGAUAUCACAAUUUUUAUCCAAUUUUGAUGAAACUUAAAAUAUAUGUUUAUAUCCCAAAGAUCUGGGUUCCUGUCGAUAAUUGUGUGUAUUGGACUGUAAUUCCCUGGAUUAUGGCCCUGAUUGUAUGAAAAAUCACUUUUAUUUUAGCUUGUUCUCCAUCUAUCUCUUGCCAAAUAUGGGCUAUUCUUGCAUUGCAAUCGCUUGUUUUCUUAUAAUAUAUAUUGGAGAAAUGUGCAAUAUUAAAACAUAAUAAUAUGUAUAUAUAUUGAUGUUUUUUCCUCACGGAUAGAUUACAAAUUAAGAUCAAGAUAGAAUUAUUCAUUAAGAGGAAAAAAAUAUAUAGAUCUAAGCUAAAAGUUAAAAAAAAAAAAAAAAAAAAAAAAAAAAAAAAAUUUUUUUUGUUGCUUAUGUAUCUGCUUUGCUUAAUAUAUACUCUUAAAAAAAAAAAGUAGGGGAUAUUGAAAUGCAAAUAAGUAUGCAGGUUGUGAUAUGAUAAAUAGUCAUGGACUCUUGACAUGCUUUGAGAGUAUGUUCACAGAUGAAGAACUUAUUUCCCCAACAGAACCACUGAGCUGCAUGUGCGACAUGUCAAAUUUGACACUUCAAGGGAGGGUAGAUGAAAACUGCUGCUUUCUGGUUUAUCCUAUCCAUGGUUGCUUUCCUAUCGGUACUUGCAUAAGAUUUACUGUUUAGCUUAUCUUUGCUUUAGUGUGUUACUUUAAUUUGAUCAGGAGAUGUGUUUGUCGACGUCAAGGUUAACUGACAACACUGCAAGAAUUGGCCGUGGUACUGCAAGAGGAGUGGGUCAGAUUGCCCCAAAUCGUGAUUGGACGGUUGAUUAGGAGCAUGCCACCACGAAUUGCUGAAUGUCUGAGGAUUGGUGGAGCAAUUACUCAUUAUUAAGACAAAAAUAAAAAACGUCAAUUUUCACUUUUGACAGUGUAUCUCUUUGCGAGUGAAAUGGGGCCGUCAGAUAAGCCACCUAUAUGAACUGUUUAUGUUCAUAUGUAGGCAAUUGGACUGUUAUUAACAUACACUGGUUACCUCUAAUAAAAACAGCAGUGCAUUUCAGCAGUUUUGUAAUGUUUCAGAAUAUCCCCUACUUUUUUUGAAGAGGUUAUUUAAUUAAUUUAUCAAUUGUGUAAAUUUAAUAAGGUUGCCUAGUUAAAUUUUCUUGCAACAAAAAUAUAAAAUCAAGUUAUUCAUGUCUAUUGAUAGUAACUCUCAAGUAGUCAAUGUUCACAUCACAACAGCUAUAGUACCUCUUGCUUUAAUUUAUAAGGUUUGAGGAUGAGGAAUAGUUGAGGAUGUCUGAAGACAAUAAACUACUGGUGGAGGAUAACAUUAUAAUAAUCUGUCUUUAAAAUAACCAAUAGAAAUUCAAUCAUUGCAAAUUCUUGCUUUAUUUCUUAAGAUUGAAAGUUAGUAGACAGUUUUUGUUAAUGGCCAGACAGUAGUUAUUAUAUAAUGUACAAUGUACAUGAGCUUAUUGUUAAUAGUAUUUUAAGUUAUUAUAGCUUACUUUUUUUUGUAGCUGUUUGUUACAGUGUUAAUGUCCAUAAGCCGGUGUUCUAGUCAUGUAUCAUUGUAAUCAAAGCCAAAUGAUGUGUGUAAUUUACUUUAUGUCAUCGAUCAUUUUUAUCAUCAAUACACCAGAUAUACUGUUAAUAAAUCAUUAUGUCUAAAUA